UUGUUUGGAGUGGUAGUGGAGCAUGAGCAAUUGAGCAUGAACAUGAACCACAGUAGCCACACAGGGAUCGGGACGGCGAGAACAUCGUCGUCGCUAGCAAUAGCGACAUCGUCUGCGACGACGUCGUCAUGGGUGUCGUCUUCGGGUAAGAGGAUACAGAGGGAGAUGAUGGAGCUCAACACGGAUCCUCCUCCAGACUGCUCCGCCGGUCCCAAGGGGGAUAAUCUCUACCACUGGAUCUCCACCUUCAUUGGUCCCCCUGGAACUCCAUAUGAAGAUGGAAUAUUUUUCCUGGACAUAAUAUUUCCAAGUGAAUACCCAUUCGAACCACCCAAGGUAGUUUUCAAAACUCGUAUCUUCAAUUGCAAUGUUGAUUCUUCUGGCAAUGUUCAUUUGGGCAUCUUGAAGGAUGGUUGGAGUCCAGCUUUAACAAUCACGAAGGUGUUACUUGCUAUAAAAUCUAUUUUCACCAACCCUGACCCUUAUAAUGCGCUUGUUCCGGGCAUUGCCCAUCUAUAUCUGGCAGACAGAACUAAACAUGAUGAUUUAGCUGCAGAAUGGACCCUGCGAUUUGCCAAGUGAACCUCUUCAAAGACAGAUAGGGGAGUUCUUUGAAUAGCAGAUAUGUUCCCUUGUGCAUCAUUUUUCUGCUAUAUAUCUGUAUAUUAUCCUGAGUGGCCAACUUGAUUUAUCAAUUCCAGCUUAUGAUCUCCGAGAGCAUUUGACAAUGGACGAACACCAAAUAGUGUGAUUGGAUCAUAAUCUUUCCUGUUCGAUCUUUGAAUGUGAAGUAGUUAUAAUUGUUCCCUUCUUCAAUAUUAACAUGAGAUUGUUUAGCAAAGUAAAUAAUUAUUGAUGGAAGAAGUUUUGUGUU